CUGCGUGUUCGAAAAAUGACGCACGCAGUAAGAGAAAGAUUCCAAUUAGGACAAAAUAUUGAAACUUAUGUGUUUCUCGAUUUCGGAACUACAGGGUUUUACCCUGAAGAUGAUCAAUCCAACAAGAGUCCCAUACCAAACGUUGUGGAUCCGAGAAUCGUUGAAAUUGGUAUGGUAGCCGUGGAAAGAAGUGAUUUCGAAGAAGCAGUCACGAAGAUCGAAAAAAAAGAGGAUUUCGAAUCCAUCGCCGCCGUUUUCACAUGCCCUGUAAAUCAUGGGCUUACAGGAGAUGAAUUGGAUGAACAUCUACUUCGAAUCCAGCCAGCACAGGAAGUGCAUACGUUUUCGGAGGAAAAAUGUUUUGGAGAAGAAUGGUCUGACGUCAAACUUUUCUUGGAUGGACUUAAAAAACCUAUCUGCUUUGUGGCUCUCGGUGGCUCAGAGUUCCACUUUCGCGUGUUGCUAUCAGAGCUGCAAAGAGCUCAUAUAGAUUUGCAAGAAAGCUUAAAAAAUUGCUUCUUCGCCGACAGCAUAUCUGCUUUCACAAUAACCGACCAUGUUUACUACCACCGCAUAAAGGAUAUGGAUACAACGAAUUCCAUCAACCAGAAAAAACAGUUGAAAUCCGAAGAUCCUUUCCAAGAUUUGGAAAUCAACAACUGGCCGUUUGCUAUCAAAGCUCGUUUUCAACCUUGUUUCAUACGGAAAGAUGACGGUGAUUGGAGCUUCAGUGAGAGCUCAUACAAAAAAGUCAAAAAGAGCUACAAGAUAGAAGUUCUCUACCAAUCUAUCUUCGGCGAGUCAUUCAGUGCUCACAACACUGUUGACAACUGUAAAGCAGUAUUGAAGCUAUGCUUGGCAUUCAAUACUGCUGCUUAUUUUGACAAAUCGUCAGGGCGGCUUGUUGACCUGUAA